AUGUCUCUCUAUCCUGCAUCACCACAUAGAAGACAACCUUCAAACGCUUCGACCGUGUCUGCGGGUUCCUCGGCUUAUUCGUUUCCAUCCUCGCGUUCCACAACCGUUUCAUCCACAACCUCGACCUCCUCACGGUUCAGCAACAUGGAGGGUCGAGGAAACUCCUUAAGACACAAACACUCCAUGUCGCUCAGUGCAGCCGCCACGACGUCGCCGAUGAUAUCUUCAUAUACGACAAACCCGACUUCAGGUCCCACCACCCCCCCUCGACCACUAUCCGGUUCUAGCUUCUCGCCAUUAGGUUCACGAACGACUCGCGGUUACAGCAUUCCUUCUCCGCCAAACUUGACAUCCCCUUAUGCUGCCGGAUCUACCUCACCCCCACCUUCACAUGGCCGGCCAACACCAACGCCAACUCCAUACAACUCCUUACACCGACAUACAGCUAGCACCGGUACGACUUCACUCAAGAGUAGCGAUAUAGACUCUUUGCGAAACAGCAGCGUUUCGCACUUUCGGACGUUAUCACGCUUGACAAAUGAAGGCUCUCGUGAAGAUUUUGCGAUGGACUCGGGGCAGGAUGUUACGGGUAUGCAUGGAAGGAAACGUUUACAGAGGGUAAAUACGGACAACUUAAGUAGUUGGGAAAGAAUGAAUUGGAUGGAUAAACGGCGACAAUAUAUUCAAGCUUAUGAAUACUUGUGCCAUAUUGGUGAGGCUAAAGAAUGGCUUGAGGGUUGCAUCGGAGAACCUAUACCACCGAUUGUGGAGCUAGAGGAAGCAUUGCGGGAUGGCGUUACUCUUGCGAAAUUAGUACGAGUAUUCUCGCCGGAACUAGUGCCUAGGAUAUUCGAGGCAAAGAAACUUCAAUUUCGACACUCUGAUAAUAUCGACAGGUUUUUCCGGUUCCUCAAAAGAGUGGAGCUGCCAGAAAUUUUUAUUUUUGAGUUAACUGAUCUCUACAACAAAAAAAACAUACCUAAAGUUAUUUAUUGCAUACACGCUCUAUCCUACCUUCUCAUUCGCCUUGGAAUGACCACAAAUGCCAUCGGUAAUCUUGUUGGAAAGUUGGAGUUCACGGAAAAGGAAAUUCAAGAUACUCAAAAAAGCCUUGACAUUUCCGGCGUUAGUUUACCUUCCUUCCGCGGUGUCAACAAGCACUUUGGGCAUGAAGAGGAGCCCGAACCAGAGCCUCCCGAGUCUGAAGAGGAUCGGAUUGAGAGAGAGUUAGGCGAGCUUGAACCGGAUAUUCUGGAGCUGCAAAAUAUUUGUAGAGGGGCACUAGUCCGUAUGAGGCUGGGACUACGUAUGGAAGCAUUAUGGGAUAAUGAAGAUGCUAUAAUAGAGUUACAAGCCAUGAUUAGAGGGAUGUUUGCCCGUAUGACAUUUGGGUACAGGGCAGACCUGGCCAGGUGGGCUACAGAGAUCCAGGCAGUCACCCGGGGCUACGCUAUACGACAAGCAAUUUUACGGAAGCAACGACAUUUCACAGCACAUGAGCGAUUGAUCGUCCGACUACAAGCAAGGUACCGGGCUAGGAAAGUGAGGGAAGAAUAUAUCCAACAGAAGAUGAGGUUAGAAAUGGCCCAAAUGGGCGUUGUGGGCCUACAGUCCAUUUCAAGGGGUCUUCUCCUGAGAAUGCGGCUCCAGUCUCGAAUGAAUGAGGUUCAGGAGAAGGAAAUGCAAGUUGUUGAGUUUCAGGCCAAGGUUAGAGGGGCUUUGUUGAGGAGGAGGCUAGCAGCAAAGAUGGCGGAUGUCUCUGAAAGCGAGGAUCGGAUUUGCGAAACGCAAGCGGCCAUCCGUGGGGCAUUAGUUAGGUGGAAGAUGGCAGAAACCCAGAGGAUGCUAAUGGCAGCUGAAAAGAGUGUGACGACAUUCCAAGGAUUGAUUAGGGGAUGUUUGGUCCGAAAAAGCGUUUCAAGGGAUGCAGAGGCUUUGGAGGAAGUGGGCGGUGACCUUACAAUGCUUGCUGCGGCCGCGAGAGGUGUUCUGGUCCGAAAGGCCAUGCUGAAAGACAUUUCUGCUUUAAAAGAUGCAGAACCAGCAAUCAGAUCACUCCAGGCCGCCGCAAAGGGGGCAUUGGUAAGGAAGGCUAUGAUAAAAGACGUAACCAGCCUGAAAGACGCAGAAACAGAAACCCCAACCGCCACCCUACAAGCGGCUGCCAGAGGCUUUUUAGUCCGAAGUGCUAUCGCAAAAGAUAUGGCCGCCUUGAAAAGCACUGAACAGGCCAUCACAGCUCUUCAAGCAGCUGCUAGGGGUUCGCUGAUAAGACAAUCCAUGAAGAAGGACCAAGAGGCUCUCCAGACUGAAGAUAAAACCCUCCAAUAUCUACAGGCUGCAAUAAGAGGUUACCUGCUUAGAAAGUCUCUGGGCGCGGAUAAAGAAGCCCUGGAAGCAAAGACAGAGGAUUGGACACAUAUUCAGGCUGCUAGUCGAGGGACUUUGAUUAGAUGGGAGUAUCGACGGAAGUUACUAGGCCUGGCACACGCCGAGGACGACAUCAUUGAUUUACAGGCCUCGGCUCGCGGUUUCCUGGCAAGGAAGGCUUUCGAUGACACUUUAGAUCAGCUGGACGCCGCUGUCGAACACAUCGUUGACCUUCAGGCUCAGGCACGAGGUGUCCUUACACGAUGGGCUUAUCUGGAUACUUUAGAUGCCCUUGACCACGAACUCGGUGGCAUCAUCGCACUUCAAGCUAGUGCUCGCGGAUUCCUCUACCGACAGCGUCAACAAAGAUUUUUGGACGAAUUAGCACGCGAGGAAGACGGUAUUAUUACGGUUCAAGCUAUUAUUAGAAGUAUUCUUGCCAGAGAGUAUGCCAUCCAAAAGGUUCUUGCUGUUCAGGAUGAAGAAGAAGCAAUUAUCGAUCUACAGGCUCUGGCUAGGGGUUGUCUUGAGAGAAAACGGUUCUUUGGUAAACUCAAGCACUUCAAGGACAAUAUGGAAAAGGUUAUCAAGAUUCAAAGCUUUGUCAGAGGAAGACAGCAGGGCGAGGCGUACAAAUCGUUGAUGAGCGGUAAAAAUCCACCAGUUGGCACAGUGAAGAAUUUUGUACACCUUCUCAAUGACAGCGAUUUUGAUUUCGAUGAGGAAAUCGAAUUCGAAAGUCUCCGGAAAAAUGUAGUACAACAUGUCAGAGCGAACGAGUUGGCUGAGGCAUACGUUGAUCAGCUUGACAUUAAGAUCGCCCUACUUGUCAAAAAUAAAAUUACCCUUGACGAGGUUAUCAGGCAUCAAAAGCGCUUUACUGGUCAUGUCGGAAACUUGCUUAGUAACACCGAAAUCGCGAGCGCGGACCCGUUUGAUCUCAAAGCACUCAAUAAUAACUCCCGGAAGAGACUUGAGCGAUAUCAACAAAUGUUUUUUGCCCUUCAAACGCAGCCUCAGUAUCUAACUCGAAUGUUUCAGAAGAUUCGAGAGCAAAAUACAGCUGACCAGGAACUGAAGCGGGUGGAGAACUUGGUUAUGGGGAUAUUCGGAUACGCCCAGAAGCGAAGGGAGGAAUAUUAUUUACUCAAGCUGAUAGCGAAGAGCAUAAAAGAGGAGGUUGAGAACAUCAGUCGUCCAGAAGAGUUUCUGAGGGUGAAUUUCUUUUGGCUCAAAUUAGCCAUGAACUAUAUCAGGUCACCGAAAGAUCGCAAGUUCUUUAGGGAUGUUUUAGGACCUAUAGUCAAAACAGAGUUCAUCGAGAACGAUGAAUUGGACCUAGAAAGCGAUCCCUUGCAAAUCUAUUUAUCGUCAAUCAAUAACGAGGAGCUCCGUACCGGUAUGCGAUCUAAGCGGAACCCCAACGUCGGCCGCGAAAUCGCUAUCCAUGAUCAAGAGACUAGGGAAACGUUUGUCGCACAUCUUUCUGAUCUGCGCAACCUUUCAGAGUACUUUAUUAGUGCCAUGGAGGACAAUCUCAACCGCAUGCCAUACGGUAUUCGAUACAUCGCGCAACAGGCAGUAACUUCUCUCCUUGCUAGAUUCCCGAACGAAGGCGAAGAUGUCAUACUGCAAAUCGUUGAGCAUUUCGUAUAUCAGAAAUAUUGGGGCCCCGCUGUGAUCGGACCGGAAUCGUUUGGUGUUGUGGAGAAAACCUUGACACCAAUGCAGAAGAGAAACCUCGCGGAAGUAGGAAAGUUGUUAAACCAGAUCUCCAGCGGGAGGCAAUUCGCCCAUGACAAUAUCUAUCUACAGCCAUUAAAUCAUCAUAUUAUGGACGCAGUAACAAGGAUGAAGGAUAUUUUCCGAGUGCUCAUCAGUGUCCCCGAUGCGAAGGCCCGAUUUGAUAUUGACGAGUUUGAGGAUUUGACCAGUAAAAAGAAGCCGACACUUUAUAUCAAAAUGACGGAUAUCUUUGCUAUACACAGAUUGGUCGCUCAAGAUAUUGAGACUAUUGCUCCUAGUCGAGAGGAUCAGUUGAGGGUAAUCAUCAGUGAGCUAGGAAGCGUUCAAAACUCCGAGGCCGAAUUGAAAAAUGUAGGCAAUACUGAGAUCGGGUUACAACUAGACCCACACUUCCAGAAAAUUGAAGACCCCGAUAGUGAAGUCAACGCACUGUUCGUGGAGACUAAGAGAUGCAUUCUUUAUGUUGUCCGAGUUCAAACGGGAGCAAACUUGAUGGAGAUUCUUGUCAAGCCGAUUGUUAGGGAAGAUGAAGACAGAUGGGAGCAGCUGUUGUUAGAAGAGAAGUCGCAAGUGGGAAAGAAGAAGAGCGCUUAUGCUGAUGCCACCCACACAUUGAGCGAUGUUAGCACCAUGACCUACGCAGAGUUGAAACGAACAGCGUUAGAGUGCAUUAUUCGCCUCGAGCAGACCGGAAAAAUCACCCGCAAGAAUCAUUACCAAGACCUAUUGAACGCAAUCGCUACAGACAUCCGCACAAAGCAUAGGAGAAGAAUAGAAAGAACCAGGGAAUUAGACGGUGUCAAGAUGACGCUGGCCCACUUGAACGAAAAAGCACAGUAUCUUGAGUCCCAGUUACAGAGCUACAACGAUUAUAUUGAACAGGCAAUGGUCACCUUACAAACAAAGAAAGGCAAGAAGAAGGCCAUCCUCCCGUUCACAAGACAAUACUUCCACAUGCGGGAACUACAGCGUUCUGGGAGAGUUCCAAAGUUCGGUUCCUACAAAUAUACUGCGAGGGGCUUGGCGGAUAAGGGCGUGUUGGUUAAACUAGAUGGAUUCCCUGAGAAGAGGUGGGAUAAAGUCAAUUUCACGAUUUCCUCGGACGAGGUUGGCAUAUUCUUUGUCGAGGCAAGCAAUGGGAGCAUGAUGAUCCCAGGAGCCAGCGCUCAGGUCUUGCUAGAUGAUCUUUUACAGAUGCAAUUUCACAACAAUCAAUUCAUGAUGUUGUGUGACGGGAUGAUCAAAUUCAAUGUGAAUUUAUUUCUACAUUUGAUCUUCCGGAAAUUUUACCGGGACGAGUAG